AUGCAACUACCGCUACCUGCAGACUUUUUCGUGCCUGUGCGUCUCUCUGCAGCUGAAGUACACGAUUUACAAGGCGUACAAGCUCAUCUUCUCUCUGUCUAUUUAACCAGCUACGACACACAUUCAAACGACGCGCAGUCGUCCAAUUGGAAGCUCGUAGGACAGCGAGCACACGUAAAAAUUUAUAGUCAACGGCCUACAACGAAGAAGAAGCGCAAGAAGUUGUUUGGAUCGAAGCCUGAGGAUGUCACAGAUCAAUUGAGAGGUUAUCGAUGCGCCAACGAGCGAGAUCUACCGGCGCUGAGACUCAUUGGCAGUGUGGAUGGAACUCUAGAGGACGUUCUAUACGGGGCCAUGUGGAGAUCGGGUCGGGAACGCGCUGCUAGAGCUCAUUUUACUGCUGAUGGAGUAGCAGACGGUGCCGUGCUUUGUACAGUUGACACGCCGUCGAGUACGGACCCGUUCCGGUCGCUGAGUGUCAAGUGGGCGCUCAAGCGUGCACCCCAUGGAGGUCUGGUAGUCAAAGAUCGAGACUUUUGUUACUUGGCGGCAGCAGGAGUCGUGCGUUCCCCUCGGACAGGUGUAAAGUUAAGCUAUCGAUUGCGUCACUCUAUUACAUUCCCGUCCUGUCCGCCAUUCCAGAACCAUUCGGUGGUUCGAGGGCAAAUCUUCUUGUGUUCCUUCUUUAGACAGCUACGCAAUGGAAGGGUAGAGGUUUUUCAUGAAGGGACGUACAAUGUAGGAGGCGGGACGGGUACCAUUGGACUGGGUUUGCCAAUGUCAAUUGCGGAAAAGAGUCUUGUCGAGACGUUAUUUAGUUUUGAAAGUGUACGGGCGUGUGCGCUGGCUAAAAAGUUGGCACGAACGGUGAAAGAAAACAAGGCAGUACAGGAGUCACUUGAUGGCGAGAGGCGCUGUGGAAUGUGUCUUCGUUAUUUAUGCAAUGCACUUCAAACGGCGGUGCGCAGCAUGUCACGAUUGGACAUGCUCACAGUGCAGUGUGCGACAGGAAAUAGUGCCCUCGAGUAA